GCAAAACAAAAUGCAUUUCAUUCGGAUAAUAGCAAAAAAAUAUCCUCUCAUCUCUUUUCUCUAUUCUGUGACGAGAAGCUGAAGCCUUCGCCCUUCAAGCCUCUCUCUAUCACCCUUCUCAUCAUCCAUGGCGAAGACACUGAUUUCAUCUCCAUCAUUCAUCGGAACUCCACUUCCUUCACUUCACCGCAACUUCUCCCCUAACCGCACCAGACUAUACACCAAAGUUCACUUCAGUUUCCACCAAAUUCCUCCAAUUCAAUCCUUAACUCAUUCUAUUGAUGUUGCCGGUGUCUUCGCCAGAGCUGAAGGCCUUCUUUAUACGCUUGCUGAUGCCGCCGUUACGGCCGAUGCGGUUACUUCCACUUCCACGGAUGUUACUGUGCAGAAGAACGGAGGUUGGUUUGGUUUCAUCUCCGAUGGUAUGGAGUUUGUUCUUAAGAUAUUAAAGGAUGGUUUGUCUGCCGUGCAUGUGCCUUAUUCGUAUGGAUUUGCUAUCAUAUUGCUCACUCUUAUUGUUAAGGCGGCUACGCUUCCUUUGACAAAGCAACAGGUUGAAUCAACACUAGCUAUGCAAAACCUUCAACCUAAAAUUAAGGCCAUUCAACAAAGAUAUGCUGGUAAUCAGGAAAGAAUACAACUUGAGACUUCAAGGCUAUAUACCCAAGCUGGGGUUAACCCAUUGGCAGGUUGUUUACCGACUUUGGCUACUAUUCCCGUCUGGAUUGGUCUAUACCAAGCUUUAUCUAAUGUGGCAAAUGAGGGACUGUUAACAGAAGGUUUCUUAUGGAUCCCUUCUCUCGGUGGUCCCACUAGCAUUGCUGCUAGACAAAGUGGAUCUGGAAUUUCUUGGCUUUUUCCAUUUGUGGAUGGCCAUCCACCUUUGGGUUGGUAUGACACUGCAGCGUAUCUUGUUUUACCUGUUCUUCUUAUUCUUUCUCAAUAUGUUUCAAUGGAAAUCAUGAAACCACCUCAGACAAAUGAUCCUACUCAAAAGAAUACACUUCUUAUUUUCAAGUUUCUUCCACUCAUGAUUGGCUACUUCUCACUAUCUGUGCCAUCAGGACUAACAAUUUACUGGUUUACGAAUAAUGUCCUGAGCACAGCUCAACAAAUAUGGUUGCGCAAAUUAGGAGGUGCGAAGCCUGCUGUUAAUGAAGAUGCUGGUGGAAUUAUUACGGCAGGACGAGCUAAGAGAUCAUUUUCUAAGCCCGAAAAGGAUGGUGAAAGGUUUACGCAGUUAAAAGAAGAGGAGAGGAAGAAAAAGUUAAGCAAGGCACUGCCCGCGGAUGAAGUUCAACCUCUGGCCUCGGCUUCUGUUUCUGAUGAUGGCUCGGAUGUAAAAAACGAGAAGGAACAAGAAGUUACCGAAGAGGCGUAUGCAUCCAAAGUUCCCCAAGAGGUUCAAAGUUUUUCUAGGGGAAGAAGAAGCAAGCGUUCAAAGCAAAAGCCUGUUGUAUGAUAACGGACCACACACAAUUGUUUGUAGUUUAUAGUAAGUUUUGUAUAUUACAAUGGUUUGUAACAUUUUUGGGUUGUCACUUUUAUUGAACAUGUUAUUUAAUUCUGCAAAAUAUAUUUUGUUUCGUAUAAGUUCCACAUGUUAGCAAAUGUAAAUUGUCCUUUAACAGACACCUGCUUUCUUACAAUUAAAAACUUUCUGUUGAACAAAGAUAGUAUGAUAACGGACCA